UUCGCCAGGCCUGUUUCCGCGCCACUUCCUCGUUUUUCAUCUUUCACUCGAAGUUGUUCUUAUGUCUGUGGAGUUUCAUGGCGUUUUCCGUGAAGCUGCUGCUUAACCUCCGUCCUUUCUAAUGGUGUGGGGGAAAUACCGACAAGGACGCAGGCAUUUUUUAUUCUUUGUUUCAGCACUAAAAAUCAGAAGAAGCCACCGAGCAAAUCAUUUCUACUGGGCGGUUAGAGUUAGUUAGCGACUUAGCUAGCCGACUAGCAUAACAGGUGACUUUCUUAGUGUUUAAAAGUUGUUGCUGUUGAAACAAAACAAUGGCAGAGUCACAUGACAACAACAGGACGGACGACAGCGAACUAAAAGGUGCAACAGGUGGUGAAGAUGUCAUUGACGAUAGAAUCAUAGAAGAUGGUGCUUUAGUACUGAGAGGAUAUGUAAUAGAAAGGCUCAGCACCGAGGACCCGGCCAUGCACCUCAGCCCCGUGGACCUCGGUGGAACAGCUAGCGAAGGAGACGAUCCUCAUAUCAAAGUAGUUGUUGAACAGCUUCUCAAGAUCGCAGAUGAGCUGAACCGGAACGCAGAGCUUCAGCACCUCAUCAACACUGUGCAGGCCAACUGUGCUCAGGAGGUGUUCAUGACCGUGGCAAAGAGCAUCUUUUCAGAUGGCAUUAACUGGGGGCGAAUAGUAGCACUCUUUCAUCUGGCCUAUCAGCUCAUUUACAAGGCGCUGACUCAAAACCACUUUGAAAUCAUCAAGAACAUCAUUAGCUGGGUAUUGCAGUUUAUCAGGGAACACAUUUCCGCCUGGAUCAGACAGCAAGGAGGAUGGGGUGGUGUUAUGCGCAGCGUGUCAAGAUGGCGCAACAUUUCUAUCAUUGCAGCAGUGGCCUUCAUAGCGGCUGCCGUUUACUGGAGAAGAACUCGCUGACCUCCUCGCUCUGAAAGCCCAACAUCAUUAAAAAGACCCAGAUUCACUAAUUUGCACGUGGGAAAUUAUAAGGCGCAAUAACCGUUGAUGACUAACACACACGUCAACCAAAUGAUCAUAUGAUUCAAAUGACUGGCACAUAUUACAUCUGUUAGUAAAAUGCAGUGAUGAAUGAGUGCUCCAUUUCUGUAGACACUGUAGCCCUUCGAGAUUGUUCUCAAUGUUGUGAGUUUAUUAUACUGUAAUGCAACAAGGCACAACUAUUUAUUAACAACACUGUGUCCUUUUUUAUCUUUUGACAAUCCACUACAUUUGUAGCAGUCCAUUUGUCCUCCACUUUUAGCAUUUUAAUAGGUGCCAAUAUUUUCCUGCCCUACCUCCAACUUGUGAAUCAUCAGACAGCAGGUUAUCAAAUUAUUUUAAAUGGAUUUUUAUAAUAGACCGUGAAGUGCUUCCUGGUUUAAUAUUUUAAACUUUCGGAUCAGAAUUUUUUUAAUUAUUUUUUUUUAAAUAAACUCUUUUCCUGUCUAGUCAAGUCUACAUUGCAGGAAUGUUAUAAAUGUGUUUACAAUUCUCACUAAGCAAGGCUGCAAAUGCUAUAGGAAAAUGUCCUUCUCCAGCUCAGACCAUUAGAUGCAUCGGUUCUGCUUAUGUGACAAACAACAAAAAAGACCAUAAGCAAUAAAUGAAUGACUGCUUUUUACCGUAGAAAAAAGGCUAAUAUUUUGGAUUAUUGGAUUACUAGACUUUUUAAAAACAUGGCUGUAGCUAUCAGCCGAAGCUACUUGUAUGCAUGCUUUCUUGACAACUUUUGACUAAAGAGUGAAAUAUUUGAAUAAGUAAACAGUGAGAAAAUUUGUAUAUUACAUAAUAAUAAGGUGUCGAUCAACAAUGACAAAUAUACAGGGAAUAUUUUUGUGUACAAAAGUCUUUUUCUGUCAUGAGUUCAGGGAAAUUGUUGUAACUCUGUGUUUACAUCAAAAUAAAUGUGAUCAACAGUC